GUGUGAUCCAACGGUCGGUGUCGUCUCCGUUCAUGUCUUCGUUUUCGUCUGCCAAGCGCCCGGCAAGACUCUUCUUCCUUGGUUUCCUUCAUCGUCGAAUUUAUUCACUUCAAAAUAUUUAUUAUAAAUAAGAAAUAAGUUUAAAAGGCCGACUUUUUAAACCGGCUGGCUUUCUUUUCCCCCCUCUCCGCUUCGUUGAUCUUUGGAAAUCUCUCGUCUCGUCUCCCCUCGAUUAUCUCAUUCGCUGAAUUCGUUCGGAAUUUGGUCAGGCUUAGGGUUUGGGAUCGGCUGGGGGCUCCGACUUCUUCCCCCCGAUCCCCGAUUGUUUGAUCCGAGGGGGAAGGAGCGGGAGCGGGGACGAUGAGGAGAUCGAAGCUGGACGUGGUGCUCUCCCUCAGCCGGCAGCGAUCGCUCCAAGCCUUCCUCGCCCUGGCGCUUGUCUAUGUUUCUUUCGUCUUCUUGUUUGAGUUCCCCUUCCUCACCCGCCGGAUCGCCUUCUCCGGCGGCGGCGGCGGCGGAGUUGUCAUGGGCGUUGGGGACGCUAUGACGCGUGUUCUCCACCUCGACAUCGAGGAGGCGACGGAGAAGAGGUUCGCACCCGCAAGACCGUCCAAGGGCCCCUUCAGGCUCCCCCAGUCCUCCUCCGUUCCCCAUCCGCCCCACAAUCUCCGGCGGCGCCGCCGGACUCUUAUCGUCUCAAGCCUCAACUUCGUGGAACCCAACGCCACCGGCCGUGGCCCUAUCUCGGAGCUGCACAAGUCUGCGAGGGGCGCAUGGGAGCUCGGGUGGAAGCUGUUGAAUGAGCUAAAGUCGGCGCCUUUGUUAGCGCCGCUAGCGUCGCCGGAGGAGAAUCGGACGGAAGAGAGCUGCUCGCACUCGAUCAUACUGACAGGGGCCGAGUUCCGGGAGAGGGGGAGGGUGAUGCUGCUCCCCUGUGGGCUGACGCUGGGAUCCCAAAUCACUCUGGUGGCGAAGCCGCGUCCGGCCCACCCGGAUUAUGACCCCAAGAUAACGAUGCUGAAGGAAGGAGAUCAAGCGAUCAUGGUGUCGCAGUUCAUGAUGGAGCUGCAGGGGCUGAAAACGGUCGACGGCGAGGAACCGCCGAGGAUCCUCCACUUCAACCCCCGGUUGAAGGGGGACUGGAGCGGGAAGCCGGUGAUAGAGCAGAACACUUGCUACCGCAUGCAGUGGGGUGCGGCUCAGCGCUGCGAGGGGUGGAAGCCCAGGGACGAUGAGGAGACUGUUGAUGGACUGGUGAAGUGUGAAAAGUGGAUCCGCGAUGGUGAUGACCGGUCAGAGGAGUCGAUGAAAACAUGGUGGUUAAACCGUUUGAUUGGUCGGACAAAGAUGGUUUCCAUGGAUUGGCCGUACCCAUUUGUAGAAGAUAAGUUGUUUGUUCUUACUCUUAGUGCUGGUUUUGAAGGUUUUCAUGUCAAUGUUGAUGGGAGGCAUGUAACUUCUUUCCCUUAUCGCACCGGGUUCGUUCUUGAAGAUGCAACUGGUCUGUCAUUGAGUGGCGACCUCAGCAUUGAAUCUGUAUUUGCUGGUGCAUUGCCUACAUUGCGUCCUAUUGAUGCUCCGCCAAGGCAUUUGGAGUGGUUGGCUGAAUGGCGGGCCCUUCCACUUCCCGAGGGACCUGUUGAACUGUUUAUUGGCAUCCUUUCAGCAGGCAAUCAUUUUGCAGAGCGUAUGGCUGUGAGGAAGUCAUGGAUGUCUGCCAUUAGAAAAUCAUCAAACAUGGUUGCUCGAUUUUUUGUUGCUCUGAACGGAAGAAGGGACGUGAAUAUGGAGUUGAAGAAAGAGGCAGAGUUUUUUCGUGACAUUGUUAUAGUGCCUUAUAUGGAUAGCUAUGAUCUUGUCGUUUUGAAGACUGUUGCCAUAUGCCAUUAUGGGGUUCAUGCAGUUUCUGCAAAGUACAUAAUGAAGUGCGAUGAUGAUACCUUUAUUAGAGUUAAUGCAGUGAUGGAUGUAGUCAAGAAAAUCCCAAGUGGCAGAAGCCUGUAUAUGGGGAAUAUAAAUUACCACCACAAGCCUCUGCGAAAAGGGAAGUGGGCUGUGACAUAUGAGGAAUGGCCUGAAGAAGAUUAUCCACCAUAUGCAAAUGGUCCUGGCUAUGUUGUGUCUUCUGAUAUUUCAAGCUUUAUUGUAUCAGAAUUUGAGAAACAAAAAUUGAGGCUGUUUAAAAUGGAAGAUGUGAGCAUGGGCAUGUGGGUUGAGAAGUUCAACAUGACAAGGCCUGUGGAAUAUGUCCAUGAUCUUAAGUUUUGUCAGUUUGGCUGCAUAGACAAUUACUACACAGCACACUACCAGUCCCCGAGGCAGAUGAUUUGCAUGUGGGACAAGUUGCAGACAGGGAAACCUCAGUGCUGCAACAUGAGAUGAUACCAAUGGGAGAUAGCAGAAUACAGGCAAAAAUUUUGCAGUUUUAGCAGUUAUACAUUUGGUGGAUGACACUGGGAGACAUGGGGCUAGUUCAAGGAUGCCUUUCCAAAUUCAUUUAAUUAUUUCUUCUUUUUUUAAUUCAUUUUGGUGGAGAAUGGUUGGUGGGUGAUCGAAGAGCUGCUCAGCUGCUUCUGUAUACAUGCAAAUAACAAAUAAUGCAACUCUUGUUACUUCCAA